AUGCGAAUAUCCCCACGUCUCCUCCUCGCUUCCCACACCAUCCCAGGGCCCUCGAAGCCCCUCCGACCGCCUCCCCUCGCCCUCCUCCCUCCCAUCCCGCUGUACAGACGACUUCUGCGCGCGCAUCGGAAUUGUUUACCGCGGGAUAUGAGGUUGUUGGGUGAUGAGUAUAUCAAGAGCGAGUUUAGGAGUCAUCGGGAUGUGGAGAAUCCGGUGCAUAUUGUAUGUUUUCUUUGUUUGUUCUCUGUCUGGAUUGAUUUGGUUACUAUGAUUAUGGGAAUGGGAUGGGAUGGGGGAAUGGGAAUGGAGAGUAGAAGCUGAUUGAGGCGUGUAGAUUGGGUUCUUGACGGAGUGGCAGUUGUAUGCGCAGAAGUUGGAGGGAGACCAGUGGAUUGGGGAGAGGAUGGAUAAGGGGAAGAUUGAUAAGAUGAGUGGUGCGUGUCUCCUUUUCUUCUCUUCUGUCUAUUCCUAGGGGACUGAUGUUUAUUGUCUGGGUUUCCAUUUUCUGACUUGGGGGAGUAGAUCAACAACUCGGACAGAUGUAUGAACUCAUGCAAGCUAUACGCAAGAAAGAGUUGGACGACAACGAAUCAGAAUGAAAAGCGACCACGGAAUUAUUCGGCUGGUUCAUAGAGUGGACUGGACUGGAUUGUAUAAAUACGCUGUGACAUCAUGGCUGCUACAUAUAGAAGGAGGAGUUGUGGGACUGCGCAAUGUCUUUGGGCUUGUAGAUUAUUGUCUUUUGAUGAUGGCCUGAUAUGGAGGCUUUUAAGCCUUUUGUUGCAUGUCGCUUGUUGGGGUGCGCGACAUCCCCCAGCUAUAACGACUCAGGAGGUAAGGGGGAUAAUAUUGUACGAAGAGUCUCGGACCGGUUGUACCAUAAUAGGGAAGUGGAGGUAUGACUGUGGUGUUAAAUCAUCUAUCUGAUGACUGGAUUCGACGCAGAUGAUUAAGAACAUUCAGGAGCUAUUGUGAGUUUGAGUGGCUGUUAUUAUUGUAUCAUUCGAACCCUUAAGAUCAGUGAUUCAUAUAUCAGUCUUAUUCAGUCCCUCCAGUAUAUAUAUUUCAGUCAUGAAGAUGUCCUCUUCUUUCCUCUUCUCGGUAACAAACAGGAAGGGGAAAAGGUUACUUCGACAACCACUACAGCCGCAAGCUUUGGCAAGCCUCCAACUCCGCAAAUCAAGAGCUCACUCAGGUUGGAACUGGUUCCAAGCCGCUUCCCCUAUCUUCCUCGGCUACCAUAUCUCACACUACUUCAACCUCACCCAAAACCCGAUUCAGAGUCUUCUCCUCAACGUUAGGAAAGAGCUCU